AUGAAAAAACAUUUUUCUGUCAGAAGUCUUAUUCAGGAGCCAACGGAUUCAGCUCCCUUGGAAACACCAACAGGCAAUACGAUUCCACCAACAAACUGUCCUGAACCUUCAGCACAGACCACCGUGGAUAUAGGCCUGCUUCCCUUCAUGCAUGCUUUACGGACGUCUUAUCAGUUAAGUCAAUAUCUUCCAUUCAAUCCAUAUACUCCAAUUCCACUCUAUUCGUUUUCCAACAUCAACGAGUCCAAUAAACAUGGCCGACGAAGAAAAGCGAGAACCGUUUUUAGCGAUACUCAACUCUCUCAAUUGGAGCAACGAUUUAAAAGUCAACAGUACCUUUCAACACCAGAACGACUGGAAAUUGCUUCAGCACUUGGACUCUCUGAAACCCAGGUGAAAACAUGGUUUCAAAAUCGACGAAUGAAACAGAAGAAGGAUAGUCGUGACAAAAAUUCCGUUGACUCAAAUACCCAAACGCAAGUAGCUCUGGAAACAGAGGAUAACCCGAGCUUCAGACAGAGCUCUCCUGAUUUGGUGGACGACAAUCAUUAG